CCUUAUUGAUUAUAAUCUGAUUAAGAACAUUAUGAAAAUAAAGAGCUCUAACCAUGACUCAACAAGAGUUUAAGAGUUAGCUGAGGGUGUUAAGCUGUAAAGUUAAUGUUUUAACCAUCAUGUUAAACUGUGGGAGCAUGUUUUGAGAGUUAAAUACCAACGCUACAAAAAAUGACAGUGUUCAUUAAAUCUAUAAUAUUUGCUGGUAUUUAUUCACCAAAACUAUCUGUAGGAUUAUGUUAUUCGGGAGCUGCCUUUUGUUUUUGUAAAGGGAUAUUACAAAACAGGUUUAUAUGAUGUAAUGUUAAGGACACUUGGGAAACUCCUAUGAAGUAAUAGAAUAAGUAACAAACAAAUAAUAAAAAAAACUUUACGGUAGUAAAACAGUAAAAAAAAAACGUAACAUGAUUUAGAUUUUGAAAAAAUUUAAGAUAAAUUGUAUCCCGUAUUUGACCCAUAGAAAUACUGUAUGGGCACAGUAUAAUCCUCGCGUUUAGAUAUCAAAAGCAAACACGAGGAUUGCUGUUUAAUUAAAUGAGCAUUAUUUAAAUGGCUGCCAUCACUUGACAGAUUGAAUUUCCACCUGUGCUGGUAUAACAGAACGCGUCCUUAGCAACCGUAGACCGGUAUCCAAGCAACGUACGCAACGAACGCAAACAUUCACUUUACAUCCCGGGGGAACAGCUGUUAACAUUUGAUUCAAUUUCAAUAUAUGUAAAUUUAAAUUAAUAAUCCAAACAAUAAUGUCAUCCCAAGUUCUCGUGUCCCGGCCCUAUUUUGACACCCGUGCCGUGGCGCAGAACGGCUCGCAGCCGCCACUCACAGAACCGGAGACCACCGUCAAGGAAAACCUCUACGCCGGUACAUCCGCCGGUUUGGCCACAGCAGGCUACCGAAGUGCUAAAUACACACCCGAGGAGUGGUUUGCCAAUAACUCCGCGCUGUUAAACCGAGCCGUCGCGAACCGGAACCACGCGGAGAGGAUCCGUCAGGAGACCAAAGCCCUGAAAGCCCAAACCGACGCCGGGACAUGGCGCACUCAGACCGCGGGAACCAAACACCUGGGCGAACGUCUGCAGGACAUCCACCGAUGGAGAUCCGAGCUGGAGCGUUUUAUCGAGAGGCUGGCUGCAGAAACAGAGCUACUCAUUGGCACCAGGCGACGGCUGGAGAAAGCGCUGGACGCCACGGAGAUUCCCUUUGCCAUCGCUACUGAUAACCUCACCUGCCGCGAUAGACGCUUCGGUCCGGAUUUGGUGAAGGACCAGGUGGAAGAUGAACUUCUGAAGGAAGUGGAGCUGAUCAGAAGCAUUCAGGCACUGCUACAGAAAACUGUGGACCAAACCAUCAAACAGAUAAAGCUGAACCAGGAGGCUAAGCAGACUCUUGAAUUAGACUGGUCCGAUAAACACCAGGCCUACGGUUUAGACGACCAAUGUGGACGUUAUAACAACAACAGCAUGGACACACAACGGCACCCGAGUUCAGCUGUUCUGCAGGAUCAAGUUUGUGAUCAGGGGGUAUGGAGUAAGUUUACACAUGAUAACCUGCUGCUGGCGGAAAGAGAGGAAGGGGCGAGUCAGGCCAUGCGGCAGCUGUGUGAUCAAGUGCUGCAGGACAUCUCCGAGGACCUGCGGGCGCAGUGUGCCGCUGUGGAUCUGGCUUUUAACCAGCGCUGCAUGGAGCAGAAUCAGGCCAAAACACAACUGGAGCUGCAGCUGGCACAGAUCUUGGAGCAGAUUGGAGAACAGGAGAGGAAUAUUCAAUUCCUGCAGCAAGCUGUGCAUGAUAAAGAAGCACCAAUGAGAGUGGCUCAAUCCAGACUGCAUUACAGGACCUUUAGACCCAACAUGGAGCUCUGCAGAGAUCAGCCACAGCUUAGUCUGUUAGGUGAAGUAUCAGAGAUCAGCAGUACAGUGUCAGCCCUGCAGCAGCAGCUGUAUGAAGCACGCAGAUCUUUAUCAGACCUAGAGGAGAUCAGACUCGUCCUGGAGAAAGACAUCGCCUGCAAAACCAACUCCCUCCUUAUUGACCGUGAGAAGUGUAUGACACACCGCACGCGUUACCCUACAGUCACAGUGCUGUCUGGAUACUGACACACAUUCACUAUUUGAUGAAACCUUUGGAUCAGUUUCACACAGACACUUCUGUUUGUUUGUUUGUUUGUUUGUUGUGUUGGCUUUUUCAGUGUAUUUGCUGUAUUUUUGAGUUUGUGUUUUCAUGUGAAUGUAAAUUGA